GUCCCCCCCUUGGAACUGCUAACGGCCUCGCAGCGGUUCUGACACCGUCACGACCCGGAACCACGACCCGGGACCCGAGACUCGUUUCUCCCGAGAUAUCAGACUCAGCGACCCGGGCCCUGGUGCUGCUGUUUCCCGCUUGGACUCACCGGAACAGCCGGGGACACGGUUCCGGCGUCAUGUCGGACUCGGAGGAGGACAGUCACGACAGGCAGCUGAAGUUUGUGGUGAUUGGAGACGGUGCUUGUGGGAAGACAUCACUCGCCACCAGGUUUGCACAGGAGGCCUUCGGGAAGCAAUACAAACAAACUAUCGGCCUUGAUUUCUUUCUGAAGAGAAUAAGCCUUCCAGGCAAUUUGAAUGUGACCCUGCAGGUGUGGGACAUUGGAGGCCAGACGUUAGGAGGGAAGAUGCUGGAUAAAUACGUAUACGGAGCUCAUGCAGUUCUCCUGGUGUACGACAUUACCAACUACCAGAGCUUUGAGAAUCUGGAGGAUUGGUUCAGCAUGGUGAAGAAGGCCAACGAGGAAUCUGACGUCCAGCCUGUUGUCUCCUUAGUGGGGAACAAAAUCGACCUGGAGCACAUGAGGACGGUGAAGGCUGACAAACACCAGCGCUUUUGCCAAGAGAAUAGCCUCAUCAGUCAGUUCGUAUCAGCCAAAACGGGCGACUCGGUGAAUCUUUGCUUCCAGAGGGUGGCUGCUGAGAUUCUUGGUGUAAAGCUAAACAAAGCAGAAAUCGAGCAGUCCCAGCGCGUGGUGAAGGCAGACAUCGUGAACUACAGUCAGGACACCGUGGCCAGGACAGUCAACCCCCCGCGCAGCUCCAUGUGUGUGGUGCAGUGACAGCCCCCCCCCCAACAACACACACACACACACACACGCACACACACUUAAAUAUCUAAACUUCUUCAGUCAGUAUUCCUUGUUUCAGAGUUCCUGGAGUGUUCUCUGUAUUCCUGUGUGCCAGUAGUUCGGGGGAGAUGAAAAACAGACUGUGUGAUCUCGAGGCCUUGGCCUGUUUGAAUAUUUAAAAAAGGCAAAGGGACCUUAUUUGUUUGUGUUUACUCGCAGCUAUCGUUCCAUUUCUAUGAUUUUUAUAAAGACUCUUAAAGCAACUACUUCAUUUAAUUGUUAGUAUGAAGACGAUAGUUAAAAAGAGGAAGAAAUCUACUAUAAUCAUUCACUCUGGUAGUUGACAAUAUUUUUAUAUGUAUAUCAAACUCUACUGUUGGUACUAGGAGCACGUUUCAAUGAGGAAAUAUAUUAAAUAAAAGCUAUAAAAAUACUAUCUCCACUAGUUUAAUAUGUUUCUGUCCCUACGACUGCAAAGUGAAUGAAUGGGACCCAGAGGAGGUGAAACCAAAUGUUUCCUUAAUGUCUGUGGUGCUCCUCAGGUGAACAGAAGGGAAGUAGUCGUUAGAAUCUCUUUAAGUUGCCAAUUAGGGGCUGUGAUGUGAACCACUUAAUAUUACUUUACAGAAAUCUUUCAGUUUUACAACAUUUACAUUUUAUAUUCUUUUGAUUUUGUUUCCGAAUCAUGUGUUUUGCUUUAGUAGUCUGUCCGAUCUCUAGAAGUUUGAUGUUUCAGUAUUUCAUAUUCACUGAUAGAGAACAGUUCGGACGCUGUGUUGAUAAAGUGUUGAUGAAGAGAGAUGGAUAUGAUACAGGAACGAUACCAGAGAGUCCAGCUGAGACGGAGCUGGAGUUAAAGUAAAGUUAGGUCGUAGCCUACUCACCUGUCCGUUAUAGAACAGAAGUUUGCUUUGAUAAAUGGCUUUGAAACAUAACAUGUUUAACUGGAUCUUCAUUCUGACCACGUUUCAUGAGCUUGCUUUACAGUUUGUGAAUUGUUUGUUUUGAUGUAGAUGUUGUUUGUUAAACUUGUUUGUCAAACUAUUGUCCACAUGACGGCGUGAUGGGAUUUCAUGUGUUGACCAACGUUUGUUUGUUUGUACUGUAAAAACCUGUCUGCUCUGUUUCCAAGAUUAUAAAUCAUUACAACAUGUUUUAUGAAUUCUGAUCAUAUAAAGAAAAAGUUUGCUAUAGAAAUAUUAUGAAUGUACAUUUAGACGCUAAGUUGAUGUUUCUGAAUAAAAAUGCA